AUGAUAUCCCCAUUUAAGAAAUUAGGAAUUUAUUUGGAAUUCUAAUAAUUUUUUAAAAUGAAGACUGUCAAUGACGAAAAAAUUACAAUAUACAAUGGAGAGGAUAUUAAACACUUUGUCUUUCCAGAGAAGUUUGAUCAUACCUAAAGUGGAGUUCCAGGGAAUCCUUGUUACAAUUUUCGAUUUAGGAUUUUUGUGUUCUUUUCAUAUGUUGUUCUUACUUAGCUAUUUCAACUUUUUUGCACUCCAUCGGAAAAAAUAAUUGGAGUUUGGGAUGUGGGACACUAAAUUACAACACCAAUCAACAAUUUGUAUAAAGAACAUCGAUGGUUUUCUAUUUCUAUGUAAUUGCUCUCAGCUAUUAUUUUGGACGUUGCAUAUCUAUAUAUUUCACUAUAUUGGGUUCUCUACCAAAGAAAUUUUAGAUUAUUUGCAGCCUUAAUUAUCUUUUAUGUUAUUCGGGCAAUUCACUUGAAUCUGGUGAAACUGGAAUCCCCCCAAAAUUACUAUUGGGAGGACCCAAACAUCCCAAGUUUGGUUGUAAAGUAUGGAUUUUUUUCUGAUUUCUUUUAUUCUGGACAUGUCGGAUAUUUGGUGAUUUGUGGACUCGAAAUGAAAAGGAUAGGCAAAAAGUAUGUGUCGACAUUAUUCUUUUUGUGUUCUUUAUAUUAGGCUUUCGUUGUGAUAACAUUUGCAAUACACUACACAAUUGAUGUAACAACGGGAUGCAUAUUUGCUCACUAUUUUUACAAUCAAGUGUGUUAUUGGGAAGUUAAGAUAGAUUUCUUCUUGAAAAUACUAGCUGGCCUCUUUGAAAGGACUUCAUAAUAAACUACUGCCAAAUAUGAAGUUUAAGGCAUUUAAUAAAUAGGAGUAACAACUUUAUGAAAUGAGACUAAAUUUUUAUAUAUUUUGUAUAUUUGAUUAAAUAUAGUAUAAUUUAA